AUGACUGAGCACAAGAAGUUCAGGGAUGGCGACGAUCCGAAAUCCGCGUCACUGCGUGAAAAGCGCGAUGACCUGAUGGUUGGACCAGAGCAAGUCGAGGCGGAAGACUCCUUCCUCGGCAAGGUACGGUACAUCAAGAUCAAGUGUGGUAGAUCAGGGCGCGGGACGAGUUCAUCGUGUCGGGUCAUUGGCGCUGCAGCCUAG